AAGUAAACUUUUAUGCUUCAUGCUUAGUACAUGAGGGAUUUAAUAUCAUUCAGAUCUACCAAAAAAUGAUAAGCUUGAUAAUGCUUAAUUUGAUUCGGGAUAUAUUACCAACUAAAGGAAAAUUUAACGUAUUCCUAUUGAAAAUUGAGAUGCCGUAAAUAAACCGCAUGUAACGAAUUGUAAACUUCAAAUUCAUUCGCGAUAAUUUAUGGUGUACAACUUUGUCUUUAUUCGUUUACAAACGACUACUGUUUAUUGGAUCCGAAUGUUUGGAAUUCCUUCAAACUGUUUAAAAUAUCAUCAACUGUAAUAUCCAAUCGGCAUUAACAACAAAUAACGUCGUCAAAAAUGGCUUUCGUAAGGUUUUAUCGCAGUUUACUACACGUGUAGCUUUAAAAGGCGCGGAAUAUUUUAACACAUUUGUACCGCAAAUUUACCGUAACAAACAAAUCGUUAAGGAAACGGUUGUUUAUAAUCGUUUAUUAUUUGCGUAAAUUGUGCAUAGUUAUAUUUUUAUGCCUGUUUCACUGCCGCUUGCGGAUAAUCUUUCUGUUGUACACUCGCUUAGUUACGAAUACUUGCAUAGUUAACUUUCUCGUUUGAAACGCUUUCCGCGAUAUUACGUUGCUCUCACUGUGACAUCGCAUUGGCGUCACUGUCACGUGUCACAACCAUACGAAAAUAUUCCGUUCAUGUUGUUUACAUGAUUUUUUUUUUUUUUUGAUUAUCUUUUUUUUUUUCUUCAUAUUUACCGACUGAAUUUUUACUAUCGUUUGUCUACGUAAAUAUGUCACUUGUUUCUCUAGAUAUUUUCCCAUGAUAGCUUUACGGCCUGGAUACACGUCGUCUGAUCGCCAACGGACUUCGCACGUCGUCAAACCCUUCAACCCGGCCGGCCGAUUGAGACAAACCGGGAGCUGCUCCGCAUCGGCGUCCACUGUCAAUCGGCUUUUCACCUAUAGAUGCUUUUGAAAACCCGACACUGAAGGCUUGAACACACGCGCUACAAUCGACCAUGUCGGUCCAUUACAAGUUCAAGUCGGCAAUCUCGUACGACACGAUCACCUUUGACGGUCUUCACAUAUCCGUCAAGGAUCUGAAAAAAGCAAUACUUCAUCAGAAACAGAUUGGCAAGAAUACAGAUUUCGAUCUGCAGGUCAUCAAUGCACAAACAAAUGAAGAAUACACAAAUGACCAAACGUUAAUCCCAAAAAAUACAUCAUUAAUUGUAUCAAGAAUACCACUUACAACCCAACAAAAAAAAGCAUGGGAAAGAGCUGAACAAAAUAAUCAACUUGUUCUUUCAAAACAGAUAUUAAAUUUAGAUUCACAUGAACCAGAUUCUAUUAAACUUAAGGGUGCAGAUUUACUUGGUUCAAAUGCUAGCGAAGAAGAAAAAAUCAAUGCUAUGAUGGCACAAUCUACGCAAGAAUAUGAUCCUUCCAAUUUUGUUAAAAUUCGAGGAGGCAACCAGUAUGGUGAGGUACCUCCAAAUUAUGUUUGUCAUAGGUGUCAUAAUCCUGGCCAUUGGAUUAAAAAUUGUCCAAACAAUAAUACAACUUCGGAUCCCGUUGAUAUUAAAAAAGCUACAGGCAUUCCCAGAGGUUUUUUAGUUCCUGUUGAUGGUCCAUCUGUACCUGGAGCAAUGUUAACUGGGUUGGGUACAUUUGCUGUUCCUAGUAUUGAUCAGGAAGCAUACAAACAAAGUAUGAAACCACAAAAAAAACAAGAAACCCAAUUGGAAAAAGUGAUAAUUCCUGAAGAUUUAUUGUGCAAUUUGUGUUCUGAUUUACUAACAGAUGCAAUUAUGAUGCCAUGUUGUGGGACUUCAUUUUGUGAUGAAUGUAUUCGAAAUGCUCUAUUAGAAUCAGAGGAAAAUGAAUGUCCAGACUGCCAUGGAAAGGAAAUUUCACCAGAAACUUUAAUACCAAAUAGAUAUUUAAGGAAUGCUGUAAAUGGAUUCAAAGAUAAAACAGGUUAUAGUAAACGUAUUGAAGCUGCGAAAGUAAAAGUAUCCCCUAUUAAAGAUCAGCCAAUCAUCCCUGAGAUAAAUAUUGAUCCACCACCAAAAGAAGAAAUGAUUAUAUCAGUUAGUGCUCAAUCACUGCCGUCUGAUUCUUCAACUCAAGUAUCUAAAGUUGAUAUUUAUCAAAAAAUUGCUGCUGUUGGUGACCCCAUUGAUAAAAAUCAACGAAACUACUCUGCAAUUGGCACUAUCAAUAAUAAUAAUAAUAAUACUACAUCUCACAACCAUUCAACUUUUAAGCCCCAAGGUCAAUCUCAAGUUCAAUCCCAAGCCCCACCAGUGUCUGUAAGCAAUAAUAGUCGUCCUAAUAAUACUAAUGUUCAUAUACCAGGGAAUAAUUCUUACCAAAAUACUCGACAUACAUCAAAAUCAACUGAAAGUCGUGUAUCACAUAUCUCUCGAUAUAAUUCUCAGUCUUUAUCUAUCCCCCCUCACCCUCACUUGCGCACUUGUUUGCCCUUAGGACCCGCAGAUAUCUCAAUACCACCACCUCCUUUUGCCCAUCCGCCUCCUUCGAUUCAACCUGAUGUUGCUUACAAUCAAAUGCAACCAAUUCAUAAUCCACCACCACCUGGAUUAGAUAGAAAUAGUAGUCCAGCUAAUGCUUCAUCAGAUGAAGGAAUGCAUCCACCUGAAUCAACUCAUCAUCAUCAAAUGGAUAAAUUUGAGAACCAAACUGGAACACUUCAAUCUAUGAUAAGAGGAGGUUAUGCUACAGGUUACUAUCCACCACCUAUGUCCAAUUAUGAUCAUUAUAACAUGCCUAUGGAUAUGAGAAGUCGAGGUUUCCAUCGUGGAUAUAGUCGAAGACCUACUCGUGGACAACAAAUAGAAUCGAGUUAUCGUCCUGAUUUCCGUAAUGGUGGAAAUUAUAUAAAUAAUAAAAGAACUAUAGAUGAUCCAUUAGCAGUAUUUCAGCGAAUACUUCGAGAACGAGAUAAUAAGCGUCGUGAUAUGAGAAAUCGUCAUUCUAUAUCUAGAUCUAGAUCUCGAUCCUUGUCUCGUUCACGAUCUAGAGAACGUUCUCGAAGUAUUAGUCGAUCACCUUCAAGAAUCAUGAAACAUAGAACUCGUUCAAUAUCACGAUCACCUUUACCACGUAAUAGGUCAAUAACUCCAAGACGUCGUAGUCGUACGCGAUCUCGUAGUCCAGUUAGGAAACGCAAGAAAAGUUUAUCACCUGUGAAACGUUUGCCAAUGAAAACUAGAAGAAGAACUCGUAGUCCAAGUCGAGAUAUUUCAGGACGUAGAUCCCGGUCAUUAUCUCUUCAUCGGAGAACUCGUUCAAGAUCUCGAAGUCCAAUUCACAGAAAUCGAAUAUCACCAUCACUUCGUUUUAGAUCAAGAUCUCCUACUUUUUACUCCUCACCUGCUAGAUUUAGCAACUAUCAUAGAGAAGAUGACAAUUUUGGGCCUAAAGGAGGCAAUUGGCGAGGUCGAGGCACUUGGAACAAAGGAACCCAACCAUACCAUCAAUCACACAGGUAUCGAGGACAAUUUGAAGGACACUAUGAUGUGGGAAUUGAUCGCCCAACAGAAUACGCAGCUAAUUACGCUCAGUUUGAUCCACAUUAUGCAAUGGAUCCAAAUUUAGUGCGUGAUUGGGAUGAAAUCCGUGAUAAAGAAAUUCGAGAAAGAGAAAAAGAAAAGAAAUUAGAAGAAGAUAAAUUGAAGAAGAAGUCCAAAAGUCAUUCGCCCUUUAAACACCAUAAAGUGGAAAAACUAAGACAAGAACAUAAACCAUCCCCUGAAAAGAACCAUAAAGAUUCGGAUAAAAAAGAUAAAGGAAAACGAAAAAAGAAGAAAGACACAGAUGUAGAUAAGAAAAAGAAAAAGAAGAGUAGAGAUAAAAAAGAAAAGGAUGAUACCAAAAAAAGUGAUGAAAAAGAAGAAGAAAGUAACGAAGGAGAAAUAAAGCUUGAAGUCCAAGAGAUUAAUCAAGACAACCAAGAACCUGCUGCUCCAGGCACUUCUGAAUCUCCUCCUCCCUUUGAAUCUGUCGCCAUCAAAGAAACUGUUCAAAUUAAAGAUAAUAUCACAGAUGAGCUUUAUGGAGGUUUAGAUGAAGGUGCACCAGUGGAUACCAGUUGGGGUAGUUACAAGAGUCCUGAGAUAAGUGAACCUCAAACAAAAUCUAUAGCUGUUGAACCUGUUGAAGAAAAACCCAAAGAACCCGAAGUCUUGGCAGAACUACCCGAGCGGUCUAAAUGGGAAGUAGAAGACGAUGUUGGUACUUCAGAUGAUAAAUUUGAUGCGAGCAAAUCAAAAGAAGACCGCAUACCAGACAAUUCAGAAUUCCACUACGAUAGUCAAGUUUCUGUAACAAAUGAAGUAUUAAAACGAGCAGAGAACGCUAUAUUCCAAAAAACAAUUAGAUCAUUAGAUGUAUCAGGUAAAAAGACUGUUUCCGAUAAGUUUGACAGUAUUAAAGAUAAAAAGCCAGACGUAGUUAAAGAUAAAAAAAUUGAAACUGAAAAAUAUUUGGGUAAAGAUAAAAAACCUGAUAUUGUAAAGGAAAAGAAGUUCGAUGUUUCCAAAGAGAAGAAAUUAGAAAAUGGGAAAGAAAAGAAAAUUGAGGGAAGUAGAGAUAAAAAAAUAGAAAUCAUCAAAGAUAAAAAACAAGAAGUGUUCAAGGAGAAAAAACCUGACAUCUCCAAAGAUUUUAAAGAUAAAAAGCUUGAUGUCGACAAAGACAAAAAAAAUGACGUGAAAGAUAAAAAACUUGAUAAUCUUAAAGAUAAAAAGUUUGAACGAGAACGGAGAUUUAAUGACAAAUCUGAAACGAAAACUAGUAUCGAAAAGUCAUCUAGAAAAGACGAUUACACUUCAAGAAACAAAGAUAAAAAACAUUUGGAAUCCGACGCUUCAUUGGAUUCAUUAUCUAUACAGAGAGAAGCUAGAAAAUCGGGUAACUCUAUACAAAUAACCAUACCGACGGAUUCAUUGGAUGAUAAAAAAUCUAAGGAAGGUAUCAAACGAAUAUCAGCCAAAGAAAGACUAGGUGAAAAAGUCGAAGACAAAGACGAUAAACACUACAAGCCGAGAAAUGAAAAGCGAAAGGCAUCUCGAUCUCCAGUCCGUGUGCACUCUACACUAAUUGUCCCUGAGCCAUUACCGAGAAAAAUCAGAGCCACGUCCAAGACUCGUAGAGAUUCGCUGAAAAAAGAUCGGAAUUCUAAAAACGAGAGAAUCUCCAAUUCCGUUCAUCGGCCUUCUCGGCGCGAUGAUGACAAAAUAUCUGAUAAUCAGCGAAAGAAAUCUGAAACGGGCAGAGUAACGAAGAUGGAUGAUAAACAUGGUCGUGUGACAGAACAAAAGAGUGUUGUAUCUAAAAAAGACGUCCGACAAGAUAAAAAAGAGGAAAAGAAAAAAGAAGAAAAACGUGAGGAAGUGAUCGUAAAGAAACCCAAACCGAAAGAAAAAGAACCAGAGAAAAAGGAACGUAAAAACCGUCGCCUUGAACCUGAUCGUAAAAUAUAUGAUGAUGAGAUAGCGUUAGAACAUCACGAAGAUGAUGACGAUGACAAAAAGUUGUCCAAAGAAUCGGACGAUUCGGCAAGCAGUUCCAGCAGUUCGAGUUCAUCGUCAGACUCGUCGCCAGUUCGGUCUAAAAAGAAGAAGAAGACGAAGAAACGGAAGAAGAAACACGUCAAAAAGAAGAAAUUGGCCAGUAGCUCAGACUCUGAUGAUUCGGAUUCAUCCUCGGAGUCGGAUGAAGCUAACAAUAACAGACAUAAGAAAAAGAAGAAAAAGGAGCAGCGUAAACAUAAAGUACAUAAAAAAUCGAUAAAAAAAAAGAAGAAGUCCAAACACAAGUAGAAGAGCGAAAAGCCAACGACCAAUGUUCAAAUACUACAUUUUUAUGGUUAUUGAUUGUACAAAAAAGUUAUAACUGAUUUACUUCUACUCUUUAUUUAUUUUUUUUUUUUAAUAAAAACUGCUUGUUUAGUACAUCUAAUUUUAAUUUUGUGUUUGUCCGAAUAUGUAUGUGUACACAUUGUGAAUGUAAUAUGACGUUAUUACAUUUAUAUGUAUGUAUUUCAAUACAUACCUCUUUAUAUUUGUAUAUAUAUACCAUUUUUAUUAUUGUUGUUAUAAA